AUGGCAGACACAACCAUCACUGCGGAAAAGAACGACGAAGAGAGCUUACCGAGUCUCAUCUCUCUUUUCGAGCCGACGGAAGAAAGCGUUUGCGACUUCGGCGACAUCAUCCUUGUGGCAGACAACGGCUUCCAUCCGGUGUCGAAGAUUCGAGUCUCGUCCUGCAUUCUAGCAAACACCCCCACCUUCUUCAAAGCACUGUUCAGCAAGAAGUAUGCCGAGGGCCAGCUCACCGGAGAGCCUGGACCGCGCGAAGUCACCAUCAAGGAGAAGCCGUCUGCAUUGGUAGCUCUAUGCUGCCUGCUUCACUGUCGAGAUCCUGCCGGAGAGCGAGCAAGCGGCGAACACGACCCCCUGCAGCAUAUUUUGGAACUUGCCAUCACUGCAGAUAAAUACGAUGCGACCAAGACGAUCUACCUGCAGGCAGAGGCUCUUCUGACACGACACGAGUCUGACAGCUACUGCAACACACAUACUCUCACACUCGUGGCGGCAGCUUGUUUGCUGGACAGUGUCAAGUUCUUCAGGGAAUUCAGCACAGACUUAGUCGACAACCUUGCUUUGAUCCAGUUCGGGAAUAUACCUGAAGGAGUGCUGGAACAUCUGCCGCCAGGCCUGAUCAGUUCAGUGACUGCGCAAAUCGCAGUGGUCCGCCAGCAGUACACCCUUGAGAUCACGGAGCUGGUAGAACAGUUCACUCGUGCCUGUGAGCGUGUCGGGGAACCUACGAGCAACGUCAACACCUUUCUCACAAAGCUAAAGGAUGCUGGGCUGUGGCCGAUCAGCUUCGCAAUUCGCUGGCUCUGUUCUCCUUGCGCCAUUGCGAAGACUGCCGCGCCGAGAAGUCGUCAAUGCAUUCGUGUCGAGGUUUGCUGA